AGGCGACUGAAGAAUGCUGGCUCGGCACACUUUGACUUGUCGGCCCCACUAACCCCGAGCUGUUCGGCUGUCGCUGGUCCGAUACCGCAUCUGUGGGUCAGUGAGACCCCGAAUUUCCUCCCGCACAUCCGACACAUCAACAAAGAUGGCUCCUAUAAGACGUCUAUGCGUUCCCUAAACGCCAAUUGCCAGCCCACUGCCGUGCUGGGUCGUCUCCUCCGUCUUGCGCCACCGCCUCCCUCCCGACCGUCCCCCGGAUCAGCCCCAAUGGCAACCAACAUAACCAUACAGUCCCCAGCCCCGGCACCGGAGCCUGCGCAACCACCACCACAAACCCCAACCAAGUCCAAUAAGAAUUAUAAAGGCUUUGUAGCAGGCGUCUUCUCGGGGAUAGCCAAGCUCUCCGUCGGUCACCCCUUCGACACGAUCAAAGUCCGGCUCCAAACAACCACAUCAACACGCUUCUCCGGCCCGUUGCAAUGCCUCACACAAACCCUCCGCCAUGAGGGGCUAGUGGGACUCUACAAGGGCGCGACGCCGCCGCUGGUGGGGUGGAUGUUUAUGGACAGCGUGAUGCUGGGUUCGCUGUCGGUGUACCGGCGGCUGGUCAAGGAGCAGCUGUUCGACAGCGCGGCGGCGCUGCCGGCGCACGGGCACGGCCUGGCCGGGGUUCUGGCGGGCGCGACGGUCAGCUUCGUGGCGGCCCCCGUCGAGCACGUCAAGGCGCGCCUGCAGAUCCAGUACGCCGCGCGCAAGCGCGACCGCCUCUACAGCGGGCCCGUGGACUGCGUGCGGAAGGUAUGGGCGAGCCACGGAAUUCGGGGCGUCUACCACGGACUACAGGCAACCUUGUUGUUUAGGAGCUUCUUCUUCUUUUGGUGGGGCAGCUACGACUUGUUCUCGCGCUGGAUGCGGCAGCGCACGAACUUGAGCGCUCCGGCGAUCAACUUCUGGGCGGGUGGGUUGAGCGCGCAGGUGUUUUGGAUCAUGAGCUACCCGAGCGAUGUGGUGAAGCAGAGGAUCAUGACAGAUCCGCUGGGGGGCGGGUUGAAUGACGGGAUCAAGAGGUUCCCGAGAUGGAAGGACGGUUGCAAAGGCAGUUUUACCGGGAGAGCGGGUGCUAUGGGGUACUGGCGCGGUUUCUUGCCCUGUUUUCUACGGGCGUUUCCUGCAAAUGCAAUGGCGCUGGUGGCGUUUGAGGCGGCAAUGCGGUCGUUGCCGGAAUGAGUUGCUAUUUACAGUUGGUUGAGCGCUGGAGACGGAGGCGAGGCUCUUUGAUCACA